AGUCUCAUUUCCUGUCGGGUUUUGCAUUUCCCUCCCCCGCCCCUCCUAGCCUAUGACAUACUUUCUCUCCUUUUUUCUCUCCUGCCUCCUCUGGCCUUCGGACUCCUGCCCGCGCCGCCCGCAGCCCCCUCCUGGCCCUGCAGCCCCUGGGCGGGCGGCGUCCCUCGGAGGACGGGUCCGUGCCCGCGGGGACGGAGGGCCCGGUCGCCUGGAGGAAGCCGGAGGCCUGCGUGGAGAAGGCGCCCCGCGCAGCUGGCGGAGCAUGAGCGCCCCAGAUCCCAAGCACUGCAAGUCCAGAUGCAACGGGAGCCUAGCUCGAGGGAAGACAAGAUCUGGCCGGAAAGUGUGAAAGUCACAACCCAAUGACGGGAUAGCAGCCCUUGUGUGUGAGCACCCCUCCAUGCCAGGAGGAGGGCCAGAGAUGGAUGACUACAUGGAGACGCUGAAGGAUGAAGAGGACGCCUUGUGGGAGAAUGUGGAGUGUAACCGGCACAUGCUCAGCCGCUACAUCAACCCCGCCAAGCUCACACCCUACCUGCGUCAGUGUAAGGUCAUUGAUGAGCAGGAUGAAGACGAAGUGCUUAAUGCUCCUAUGCUGCCGUCCAAGAUCAACCGGGCAGGCCGGCUGUUGGACAUUCUACAUACCAAGGGGCAAAGGGGCUAUGUGGUCUUCUUGGAGAGCCUGGAAUUUUAUUACCCCGAGCUGUACAAACUGGUGACUGGAAAAGAGCCCACUCGGAGAUUCUCCACUAUUGUGGUGGAGGAGGGCCACGAGGGCCUCACGCACUUCCUGAUGAACGAGGUCAUCAAGCUACAGCAGCAGAUGAAGGCGAAGGACCUGCAACGCUGCGAGCUGCUGGCCAGGUUGCGGCAGCUGGAGGAUGAGAAGAAGCAGAUGACGCUGACGCGCGUGGAGCUGCUGACCUUCCAGGAGCGGUACUACAAGAUGAAGGAAGAGCGGGACAGCUACAAUGACGAGCUGGUCAAGGUGAAGGACGACAACUACAACUUAGCCAUGCGCUACGCACAGCUCAGUGAGGAGAAGAACAUGGCGGUCAUGAGGAGCCGAGACCUCCAACUCGAGGUGAGGGGUGCCCAAGGGCUACUCUGCCAGGGUGACCCAGGGCAAACAAAUGUCACCGGGGCUCAAGUCCCCCAUAAAGCAGGUACAGGCACAUGCACAUGGUCUGUCAGAGCUUCGUGCCAGCCAGGUGAGAGGGAAUGGAGGACACAGGGCCUCUGGGGGUCCUGGGUCCACCAUGCGCCUGCACAGGUACCCAUAGUGCUUAGCGCUACGGUUCAGCGCCUACGUCCCCUAUGCGCAUGGGCAGACAUGCGCACAAGGACGGACCCAGUGCGGCUUUCCACCUCUGGGUCCAGAUUGACCUUGUGCAUGCGCACGCAGACCCGGGAAGUGAGAGCUCACAAGCGGCUCCUGCUGCGAGACAUGCAGAUGAGGAGAGGAGCUGAUGCGCCCUCCAUGGCCUGCAGCGGCUGUAGUGGGACUGGCAAGGGCCAUGGGAGUGAGGGGGUGAAGGGUCUUUAUCCCAUCCCCACCCUCAACCCCGGCUUCCCCUUCACCAGGGUACCUUUCCAGAGAGAACUUCCUGAACAUGAGGUUGACCUGCUCCAGGUCAUAGGCAUCCAGGCCCUCGGAUUGGACCCUCCUGGAUCUGAGAGGCACGUACCGUCCAGGUCUAAGGCGUCAAACCCGCCGCUGUCAUUGUCUUCUUCGACUGUGCUGCAAGACACAAGGGAGGGCAGGGAAAGCAUGCGUUGCUUCAAGGCGCAGGUGGCUUUGGUGCAGACGCCACAUGUGGCUUCUGAAAGCUGCUUUCAACACCUGCCCCCGGCUGGCCAGAGGGAGCCCCCACAACACAGCUGCUGGUGGAGGGGCUGGCGUGGUCUUUGUUCGGGGAGAGAUGAUUUUUUUCCCAAUGUACAGAGAGCGGCCUCGCCCCUGCGGCUCUGCUGCCUGUGGAGCGGGGAGACAAACACUGUCUCUGCUCUCCAGCUAGAAGGCUGCAUCCGAGGCGAGAGGCAGAGUGUCCCCUUGGACACAUGCACCAAAGAGGAAGCCCACUGGACCAUCCAGAGGUGCAGCGGCCCCGUCACGCUGCACUACAAGGUGAACCACGAAGGGUACCGGAAGCUGGUGAAGGACAUGGAGGAUGGCCUGAUCACGUCGGGGGACUCAUUCUACAUCCGGCUGAACCUGAACAUCUCCAGCCAGCUGGACGCCUGCACCAUGUCCCUGAAGUGUGACGAUGUUGUGCACGUCCGUGACACCAUGUACCAGGACAGGCACGAGUGGCUGUGUGCGCGCGUCGACCCUUUCACAGAUCACGACCUGGACAUGGGCACCAUUCCCAGCUACAGCCGAGCCCAGCAGCUCCUCCUAGUCAAACUGCAACGCCUGAUGCACCGGGGCAGCCGGGAGGAGGUGGACGGCACCCACCACACCCUGCGGGCACUCCGGAACACCCUGCAGCCGGAAGAAGCGCUUUCAACAAGCGACCCCCGGGUCAGUCCCCGUCUCUCCCGAGCAAGCUUCCUUUUUGGCCAGCUCCUUCAGUUCGUCAGCAGGUCCGAGAACAAGUAUAAGCGAAUGAACAGCAACGAGAGGGUCCGCAUCAUCUCGGGAAGCCCGCUAGGGAGCCUGGCCCGGUCCUCGCUGGACGCCACCAAGCUCUUGACUGAGAAGCAGGAAGAGCUGGACCCCGAGAGCGAGCUCGGCAAGAACCUCAGCCUCAUCCCCUACAGCCUAGUACGCGCCUUCUACUGCGAGCGCCGCCGGCCCGUGCUCUUCACGCCCACCGUGCUGGCCAAAACGCUGGUUCAGAGGCUGCUCAACUCGGGAGGUGCCAUGGAGUUCACCAUCUGCAAGUCAGAUAUCAUCACAAGAGAUGAGUUCCUCAGAAGGCAGAAGACAGAGACCAUCAUCUACUCCCGAGAGAAGAACCCCAACACGUUCGAAUGCAUCGCCCCUGCCAACAUUGAAGCUGUGUCCGCCAAGAACAAGCACUGCCUGCUGGAGGCUGGGAUCGGCUGCACGAGGGACUUGAUCAAGUCCAACAUCUACCCCAUCGUGCUUUUCAUCCGGGUGUGUGAGAAGAACAUCAAGAGGUUCAGAAAGCUGCUGCCCCGGCCUGAGACCGAGGAGGAGUUCCUGCGCGUGUGCCGGCUGAAGGAGAAGGAGCUGGAGGCCCUGCCGUGCCUGUAUGCCACGGUAGAACCCGACAUGUGGGGCAGCGUAGAGGAGCUGCUCCGCGUUGUCAAGGACAAGAUUGGCGAGGAGCAGCGCAAGACCAUCUGGGUGGACGAGGACCAGCUGUGAGGCGGGCGCCCCAGGCAGAGAGACACUGCGGUGCGGGGCAUCCUAUGAGGCAGGCGCCCCGGGCAGAGAGAUGCGGUGGGUGUGGAGGGAUCCUGUGGCCCACGGAGCUGCCCCAGCAGACGCUCUGCCCACCCGGUGAUGGAGCCCGGGGGGCCCAGGUGCGCCUGGGGAGGAGCAGGGCGCAACCCAUUCCCCCAGCCCCGGCUGACCUGGCCCAGCGGUUUGGCCCUGCUGGCCUGAGCAGGGAGACAGGGGAGCAAAGGACGCCAAGCUGGAGGCCAGAGGCCAGCCGGCCUCUCCAGCGUCAGAGCAGCAGCUGAAUGUAAUGCUGGGGACAGGCGUGCUGCCACCAGUAGGACAGGGACCCGGACAGCCAGGUGACCACUAGCCCUGGGGACACACUCACCGUAAACACAUCCCCAGGCAGGACAGAUCGGGGAAGAGGGUGUGUACCAGGCUAUGAUUUCUCUUGCAUUAAAAUGUAUUAUCAUUUCUUU